AUGUUCUCUCCAGACGCUUCACGAAUACAGUCUCUGCGGCCCAAAAGAACGCGACCAGCGUCGGGGUCAGAAGACUCGAUCAAAAUACCUCAAGCGAAAAGAAAGCGAUCUGCCCUGCGGCGAGACACCUUCGAACCCUUAGCUGAAGCUAGCCUGAAUGAGAUUGCAGGACGGGAAGCAGUCGAAGGGAAGAGCAAUGGACACGUCACGCCCUCUGCGCACUCAAAAGAGUUGACUCUACGAGGAGCGAAGAAGCCUGAAAAGCGCUCCGACAGAGCAGCAGGAACUGCUAGUGGUGCAUUGACUCUGUCCAAUAAUGACUUCUACAAUGUCGCUCAGCUACCUUCCCUCCCCGAGCAGAUCAGAAAUCGGCCUACGAUCCCCUACUCGUGCAUCAUUUCUCCCGAAUAUGGCUACGCGUUGGCCCUCACUCACAGCGACGCAAUAAUCUGGCCAUACAACUCGAGCGCGUCCACUCCGUCAUCUCGAGAUGUCAUUACCUUCAAGCUACCCUUCCCUCCUGCCUCGGUUGAUGAUCCUCUUCCCCUGGCGACCUUUACGGCCAAGUCUGCGAGUGGUGAACCGGGUAUCGUGGCAGUAUCUGCAAAAUGGGGAAAGAUUGUUUAUUGGGAAACAAUCACAAAUGCUUCUUCUCUCAUACCAGGACAAAAUGCGAACGUUCAGGGCUCCAUACCAGGAAUGCUGAGUGGUGAGGCCGUGGAAGAGCUGGUCAAUGCUGAGCCGUCCGGAUUCAUCCUCUCAUUGCGUCAUGGUCGAGUUGCCCACUUGACAAUUCGUGACCAAAUGGGCAGGCCGGGCAUUGGUGUCCAAUUCUUGCGAAGAUACACAAGUGGCACUGGAGGCAUUCUCGGCAGCAUUCGCAAUGUCUUUGGCGCUGACCGAAGAAAAGGCACACCAAUUGUCAAAGCCGGAGGGUCGAGAAAAGGGCAACGCGAUGUCGUGGUCGCCACUGAAGAUGCUGAUCUGGAAUUCUGGAACACCAAUCUGAGCGUUGGCAACUCUUUGGAAACAUCGUUCAAUUUCAAGGAGGAGAUUGUGGAGGCAUUGAGGACCAUCAUCCCGGACACGCCGCAACCACAAUUCAAGGUGCUGGACGUGGAGCUCUCGGCAGGACCAAGUACGGCAUUGAGUCGGCGUGGUAGUCACGGUGCGCCCAUGAUGGUUCUCGCCUCGGCUUCGGUGGAUGACCAGACAAAAUACUACAUGAUCGAAAUGGUGGUCGAUGAAGGAGCGAAAGUCAAGGUGGUGCAUCCCAUCAAUUGCUAUUCAACAAAAGUCUCGGAACAACAAUCAUGGAGACCUCGUCUAUGUGUCGCAAGAAAUCAGCCCGUGGCGUUCAUUCUGUUCGAGACGGCCAUCGUCAUCUUCUCUCUCGCCAAAAUCAAGGAAUCACCAUCGUCUCAAUUGAUGAUGGAGCGGCAUACACUGCCCGAACCAUUCCAAGACUCUGUCACAUUCCAAGAUGGAGCUAUCUACAGAGUCCUGGGCUACGUCCUUGAGACUUCAGAAAAACAAGCUUCGGUCGUGUUCGGGGUUCAGGGCUUCGGCAUAGUCAGAAUGGUCUCUCAUCUUCGCGGCAAUGAUGAAGUGGACGUCGAAGAUCUCAAUGAUCGUAUUAGCGGCAAAAGUAAAGUCGAGCAAGCCGUUUUCUUUGGGAGUAUCAAGCAGAAUCCCCUCGAUCUGAAAAAUAUCAGUCAAAUAUUUUCAGCCAAAGAGAUCGCGGCGGCUGCCUUGGAAAUCAGCUCUGAAAUUCUUUCUUCAACUUCAAAACAUAUUCCAAAGAGCGCGCCGUCCAUCGACAUGCACCUGCGGCUCAGAGCGAAAGCUCUCAGUGACCUGGCUCAGCAUGUGAUGCAGUACUAUCCUUCGGCAAUUUGUCGCAAUGUCCGAUUCCAGCUGCUGCUGAAUGCGGAGAAACUAGCCGCCGCUCAAGCAGUCUGGAAGGUACAAGAAGAAAUACAGCGGAAGUAUCCUCAAGAAGACCGUGAGAUGCCAUAUCUCGACUUUACGCUCCGAGCUUUGCAUGAGUCUCGCCAGAAAUAUCCCGAUCCAGAAAAGGGAGAGAAGGACCGGGUACGACACUGGUUGAUCAACAGCGUUGAUAAUGUGGGCCAUCUCAUGUCGGAAUUGAUCAGUUGCAUCCCUGAAUUGGAGCCCAUGCAGGUGACAGAUCCCCGGAUCGUAGCCGAUUAUCUGAAAGAGGCUGUCGAUUUAUGGAUUGCUUCAUAUACAGCCGCAUUCAAAUUUCGAGAAGACAAUGCACUUCUAUACGGGUUGGGUGAUGAGGUAUUCAAGGAAGGAGUGCUUGUGUCAGGCUUCCCCGUCGAAAUACCUCACCCCUGGACAUCAGCUCCUGAACCAUUCCGAUUCGGCCAACGACUCAUUUACGACAUCUGCAAAUUCCUGACCGAGUGGUGGGACCACACCCAAGGAAAGAGCAAGAAAAAGAAGAUGCCCACUGAUCUCAACGGAAAACUGUAUGAAGCACCGAGCAAGAGUGUGCUGAAAGAACUUGCUGCUCGAUUACCAACGGAGGUUGAAUUGUUUUCACGCAUCACCGAAGAAGAAUUUAUUCAAGCAGAAUGCCAUUUGAAGGUGGUUGAAAAGGAUGCUGAAGUGCUCAAGGAUGAACUCAAGAACCUGAAGGACGAAAAGCGAGACAGAUUGAACAAGGCACUGGAGGUCAUUUCUCAUUUCAACAUGCCAGGAGCCAUUCAUCUGGCUGAGAAGCUGCAGAACUGUGGGAUGCUUGUUGCUUUGCACUACGCAUAUUACAGCAGACUGACAGCUGAAGCCGAGGCCAAUCCGCUAUUGAAGGACGCCAACCUGAGGAUAAUCACUGAGAUGCAGAAUCAAGCCGAAAAAUACUUCGACAAGUUUGGCAAAUCUUGGGCUUGGGCCAGCUUCAGUCAGAUGAUUGAAGAUGAUGAAUGCGGCAACCUCUUGGUCAAAGGACAAGAAGAUGAGAAGAAACAACAAUUUCUCGCUUGGUUCUUUAAGAAAGCUCAGAAGUUUGGCCAGAAAGUUGGGAAACUUAGCUGGAUCCAUGAUGUUAUUGGUAGCGGCAAUUACGGACGGGCUGAGCGAACAUUGCAAGAUGUUGCAGCUGAAGAGAUGGUCGAUGUCUGGAACAAGAAGACCGAGCUGGCUCUGGCCAAAUUGGCAGGAUUGGCGGCGGAUGAAGAUGCCAACCGACCCCCGCGUUCUACCGAGCGGUAUGAUCGCGAGCUGUCCAUCAUCGACAUCCAAGAACGAGUCUCCCAGCAUAUCAUGGCUACGGUUGGCGCUGCUGUCGACGAGAAGGCGGCGUUCGAUCUCACAACGGAGAACUUCGCGUCACGACUGGUCAGGGAUACUCCAGGAUUGAAGCGACAAUUGAAGCAGAUUUUGAAGUCCCUGAUACAUCAGACACCCUUGACAAUUGAGGAAAUGGUGGACCUGUUGACUCUGAUGGACGCGGUUGAGUGGAUAGGAAUGCCCGAAGAAGAUCCUGAAGUUUGCGGACAGGAGUUCGCAAUUGCCUUGAGGAUAGUCGACUUCGCAGAUCUGCCGGACCACAAGCAAGAUGACCUCAGAGCUUUGAUCUGGAGAAGAGCGAUGAUCCGAGAUAACUGGUUGAUGAUCAACGACACUAGCGGAAAAGAUGACCAAUGGGUGCAGAGUGAAAUGCAACAGACGAGUCUCUUCAGGACUAUUCAACGGGUGUUCUUACUGGAACAUUCUGAAGGAGCAACGAUUCAUUUGUUCACGCCCCAUGAGAUCCUGGGUCGAGAAGCCUUUCCUUCAACACUGCAGGAGAGACAUGCUCACAACGAAUUGGAAGGUGUGCGCAAGGAUAUGGAUAAAGAGCAGGCCAAGCUCAAAAAGUUUGUCGAGAAGGGGAGGCUGGAAGACCAUUAUAAUGGAUUGGUCACUGCGGCUCGGCGAUCUGUGAGGGACAUUGUUGAUCAAGACGGAGAGCAGAUGGCUCAGGAAGCUACCACUGAGAGCAUUGAACAGUGA